AUGCAUCUUAUGUACACUCUGGACGCCGAGGGCAAGCGUAAGGUCACCGAUGCCGGUGAGGUAACAAAGUCCGCGCACCCGGCGCGGUUCUCGCCCGACGACAAGUACUCGCGGCAUCGCGUUACUCUGAAGAAGCGGUUCGGCCAGCUGCCGACCCAGCAGCCUGAGAUCAAGGUGUAAAAUGUGCUUUUUGAGAAUACGAAUAGACCCGUCCGACGGAGUUUUAUUUUAUUUUUUGGUUUCUGAGAAUCGAGAAAAGAAGAAAGAG